CUUCCAAGGAGCAAAGCUGGGGUGAACUUUGCCCUAGGGUGACUGUCUUCCUUGUCACUGAUUAACCAUAUCUGUGGGAAGGCUAUCCGGCCAACAUCUUACUCUGCCUGGAGAGAGGUAGUUGGCCAAGCUUUGGUGAACAGAAAAAUGUCUACCCGCUACCACCAAGCUGCUAGUGAUAGUUACCUGGAACUUCUGAAAGAGGCUACCAGGCGAGAUCUGAAUCUUUCUGAUGAAGAUGGCAUGACUCCCACGCUCCUGGCAGCUUACCAUGGAAACUUAGAAGCCCUAGAAAUAAUCUGCAGCAGAGGAGGGGACCCUGAUAGAUGUGACAUCUGGGGGAAUACUCCUCUACAUUAUGCAGCCUCCAAUGGCCAUGCCCACUGUGUCUCAUUCCUGGUCAACUUUGGUGCCAACAUCUUUGCCCUUGACAAUGACUUGCAGACUCCACUGGAUGCUGCUGCCAGCAGGGAACAGAAUCAAUGUGUUGCUCUCCUGGAUAAGGCAGCCACUUCCCAGAAUAUCAUGAACCCCAAGAAGGUCACUAGGCUGAAGGAGCAGGCUCAGAAGAAUGCCAGGAGGCAGAUCAAAGAGUGUGAGAGACUCCAGGAGAAGCACCAAAAUAGGAUGGCUCGCGUGUACAGCAAAGAGGAAUCUGGGACUCUUUCUUCCUCCAAGGGCUCCUCCAGGUCAUCCUUUUCAAAUGCUUCUACUUCUGGCACAUUUGGGUCCUUCUCAAAGGGCAUUAAAGACACCUUCAAGAUAAAGUUCAAGAAGAACAGAGAUACAGCAGAGCAGGUAGGGAAGGAGGGGAGAAGUGGGCAGAGGAAUGUGAUGGAAGUGUUCAGAGAGGAGAAGGAAUACUCACUCUCUGGGGACUUCAAAGAUAAGCUCCAGUUCUCAGGAGAGGAGGACAACUGUGAGCAACAUGAAUCCAUUCUCAAUCGUCCAGGUCUAGGAAAUAUUGUUUUUAGAAGGAACACAGUGCUGAGCCUUGAAGACUUUUCAGACAGCAAGAGGGAGUUUGGGCUUAAAAUGUCCAGUGAAUUGCUUCAGAGACAAGGAGCAGCAGAGGCUGACAAAGCUGAGGCUGAUGAAGAGGAAAAGGAAAAUGACCAUGAUGAUGAUCUGCCUUGGGAUAAGGAUGAAGUAGAGUGGGAGGAAGAUGUGGUUGAUGCUACUCCCCUGGAAGUGUUCUUACAGUCCCAUCACCUGGAAGAGUUCCUCCCCAUUUUCAUGAGAGAGCAGAUUGAUCUAGAAGCUCUGUUGCUUUGCUCAGAUGAGGACCUUCAAAGCAUACAAAUGCAGCUGGGUCCCAGGAAGAAAGUUCUUAAUGCCAUAAAUAGAAGGAAUCAGGUGCUACAGCAACCUGGACAGCUAGUUGACACCAGCCUCUGAUGGAGAGUAUUGGGUCAACAGAGGUGAGCCUGCAGUGGUGGGGUGAUGGUGUGACCCACUGGAAGCACGAGCACCCCUUUUCUACCCAAUGCCAGACCACUGAGAAGAGUUUCUAGGGGUUCAGAGCUGCCAGGCUAAGAAAGAGACCCAGCUGUACUUUAGGACAUGCUCUAUGCCCAUCCAAAUAAACCACCAGUAAGAAACUCAAGGAGACCUGGGAACAAGAAAGUGAUGUGUCUCUCUUCAAUAGUCUUUUUGUUAUUUUUUGAAUAAAGAAAAGAUCAAGUGGAUGACAGUGAACAGAAAGAUGCUUUUUUUCCCCCCAACUCUGGACUUAUAAUUAAUUAUAAUUAUUAUAUCUUUUUAUCACACUAGCCUGCUGAUUACGUUUGAUUGUCACAGCCUGGGGAUUCUAACCCCAUUCUGUCCUUAGCUCUAUGACUGCCUGUUGGGGGAGAUUAAAGUUCCUCCAUUGGCCUGAGGCUUGGUGCCCAGUUGAAAUGUUUAUGUUUACAAGUAGUGGAAAUGGGUCUAUAAUACCCCUACCUGAGAACAGAGCCAGGGUGGAAGACGUAGGGAAUUAAGAGAGAAAUAAAAUCUAGGGUACCACAGUGGUUAAGAGCUGGGUUGCUAACUAAGAAUUAGGUAGUUC